AUGGUCGUGACUGCGAGGGAACCUUCCGAUAGCAGUCUGCCGUCCCUCUGGCAUAGCGCCUGCCAGGAUUAUGGCAGAGAAACCGGAAUUUCGUUAACAGAUGAGCGUUUCCCCAAAGUUCAGGGGCCUGAGGACCUGUCUCGCCAGCUAGAAUCCGAAAGGGACAACUUUGAAGAUUUUCGAAUGAAAAAACGGCCCCUUUUACAUGCAAUGCAGAUGGUUCUGGCGCCCUUUGAAAGCUGGGGUGACCUGAUCGCUGGUGCUGCCGCUGCAGCUUUCCCUCCAGCAUCAUCGAUCAUGGGUGCGAUGCUCCUUAUGAUCCGGGCGGCACGCAGAGUUAGUGACGCAUUCAACGUGAUCGUCGACCUAUUUCAGAAGCUGGGCAACAUUGCUCUGCGUCUGGACUCAUACAAGGGAGUCACCCCCAGUGAGGGGAUGAAAAUAAUCAUUGUGAAAGUGUUGGUUAAUUUCCUGAGAGUUUGCGCGGCGUCACAAAAGCUCUUGAGCCACGGUUCACUCAAGGCAAGAUUUUCCAAGUGGGCGAAGAAUAUACUUGUUGAGGAUACGUCAAUUAGCUCUUUGCUAGAUAAUCUAGAGGAGUUGACAAACCAGGAACAUAUGAUGGUUUCUGCUCAUGGGCUCAAUCUCACCCAUCAAGCUCUGCGAAAUACUGAGGAACUGCUCAAUAGAGACGAUGAUAGAAAAAACCGCGAGAGGCUGGAAAGGAUCAAAGCAGCAUUAGACCCAGUUUCUGCAUCGGGCCAGGUCUUCUCUUCCAUCACUCAGAAUCGCAUACCGGGAUCCGGCAGCUGGGUUGAAGAUAGGCUCCGGUCCUGGUGGCAAGGAUCGCAACCGCUCCUCUGGAUUCACGGUGGCCCUGGAGUAGGUAAAUCCCACCUGGCAUCCAAAAUCAUCACCGAAUUUUCAAACGAGUCAUCCGCGACCCCUGCGCCUGUGGUUGCCUCUUUCUUUCACAGGAACAACGAUGUCGACUUACGCUCCCUCAAUAAAGCUCUGCGAACCAUAGCAUGGCAGCUGGCCACGCAACAAUCUAGCUUUGCGGUGCAUGCCGAGGAUUUCUGCAUGAAAGAAGACCCGGAAAACAACUACGUCCUUUGGGAGAAACUCUUCUUAAACUACUUUACCGACGAUCCACCAGUAACUACAGCAUGUUUGGUGAUUGACGGCAUUGAUGAGGCUGAAACGGAAGAACAAGAUGUUCUUUUCAGUCUGCUGGAGAGUAGCUUCUUAGCGGAAGACGAUAUCAGCCGAACCUCCCCUUUACGAAUCGUGCUCCUUAGCAGGGAUUCCGUGCGCUCCAUGCUCGACGAGCAUUCGUUGAGCUGGAUUCCGGAGAUUGAAGUCGGCAAUAACGAGAACAAGGAAGAUCUCCACGAAUACGUCUCUCAGAAACUACAGAAGACCAAGCUGUUUCGUGGGUACCCUCAUUUACUCGAAGAAACUAUCGAGGAGAUCAGCCAGGAAGCCGAGGGCAUGUGGGAAUGGGCCACCCUUGUCAUCAGGGCUGUUUUGCGCUGUCGAACCAAAGAGCAGAUCCGGAAGGUGAUCAGGACAAUGCCGCGAGGGAUCAGCGCCAUGCUUCGUGAAGAACUGCAGCGUCUGAGCAAAGAACUGUCUGAGUGGGAAGAAUUGUCUGGCGAUGAGGCAUCAGAGCGGGACGAGCCUGCUUCACAGAUUCAGCAGUUGAACAUCUUGCUCUCAUUUGUCGCGUUGGCUCAAAAACCACUGACCGUGCGUCAGCUUGAAAUCAUUCUUGAGCUUAUCCUGAAGGAGGAGUUCAUGGGCCUUGAAGAUGAUAUCCGCACGCUUUACUCCUCUCUAUUUUACAUCAGAGCCAACGACGAAGACAAUUUUGAUGAAGAAGGUGACGUUGUAACUCUUCGGCAUAGCUCCUUUUAUGAAUUUUUUAGGACGUCUGCGGAGUCCGCACCAAUCCACGUCAAUGUCGAUCAAGCGGAAGUGAACUUCCUAUAUGUUUUUCUCUAUUCCCUCAAAGAGAACCAGACGCCAUAUUCUAAUAUAUGGAUAGGAUACCUGUGGGAAUAUGCUGAGAAGUUCAUACCAUCACACCUCACCCGUGCAAAUCCCGAAAAGGCGGGAAAUCUACGAGAAGAUAUCUCCACUUUGCUUGCGAGUCUGUUCAGAAACGAGCAAGAUAGGGAGUGGUCUCUUCGAGAAGUGGAUGUCCAGGGGUCUGCCUCGUAUUCGACCUACCCAUCGUGCGAUGUAUCAGAGCUCGGUUCCUACUGGCUUGACGCUCACGAUCAGGAUACUGCAAACAAGAGGGCUGAGGCUGUACUCCAUUGGCUUCUUCCAGAUUCAAAACAGAGCUUUGUGGAUCAAGCCCGAGCGUCAGCGAUGACAAGUGAUGCAUGUCCUUUCACGGUUCUCUUCUCACUCAUGGUAGCGCGCUGGAUCCAACGCUGGCUAGAGCCAGAAGAAAUCAAGCAUGAUGAUGGAUUGCCUGCUGUCGCCCCCGCCAUUUUGACAGUAUACAAUACGAUGGAAAAAGGAAUAAAGGAGUCUGAUGCGGGCAGUCUAACAUCAAAGGUAUCAGACGUAAUGUGGAAUGACAGAGAUCCUACCAAGGUCUUGAUUCCUGCCCAAUCACAAAAGCUUCAGCAGACAGCCAUGUGGCAUGCGCGAGUUGCUCAGGCGCUGCUCCUGAAAAAUUGCUUUGUGCAAGCGCUUGAGCAUUUUCAAGUUUCGCUUGACAAAAAUCACGCAACUCCUACAUUCAGCACACAGUCCCUGUUUGUCAUCCACAGAGACAUGGCUCGUGCAUAUACCCAGCUCGUGAUGCACAAAGAGGCAUUAGAGCACCUUGAAUUAUCAGAGUCCCUGCGGAGCACCUUCGAGGAGGAUGAUUCCCGCGAUGAUCUUAUCGAUGGCUUGCUAAAUAAAGCGCAAAUGAAACACCAUGCAAAAUUGACAGAUGAUGCAAUCGCAACCGCAGAGGAAGCCUGGAAUCUGUUGCUGGAAAGGAGAGGCAAGCACGAUGACGACUUUUUCCCCUUCCUCUCGAUCUUCCUGGAACUGAACCAAACGCACCGUCUGCGGUCCGUGCUUGACCUUGCUUUCACUCAUUUUGAGGAGACAGCCGACAGCAGAGGUUUAUUUCCGGAUUUUGAGCGCUUCAUCCUCGGGUGUUCCGUGAUGAAUCCUCGCAUAAUAUAUAGGGUCAUUCACUAUGCCCUAACCCCCCAAGAUCAGGAUUAUCUUGAUCUUACCACCGGAGCCUUGAAAAAAAUCGACACUCAACCUUAUAGGCCCGAAGAACUCAGAUUUCUCCUCGCAACAGCAUUAUUUGAAAAGGGGCGAAGAGAUGUAGGGGUACAGGGUUGGUAUGAGACUGCCUCUCUCUCUUCAGUCUCCCCCAGUGUGCGGAACAAGGCCUGUAGAAAGCGGUCAAUAGCCAAAAUAACUGCCUUGUGCCUGGAAGAUGCCGAUAUUCCUUUCUGGGAACGGCCUGCAUUGAUUCUGAACGAAAAUAGCGAACUCGGCGACAUAUGUCUGGUCCUCUCGAGCUGGCUCCGGGCACGUAGGGAUAUCACAAAUGCCAGAGAUGUUCUCCGCUGGUGUGUCAAAGAGUGUUUCUCGUUGCUAUCAGACGAUGAUCCUUCAAAUGACAUCAAUGCCUUUGUGAGACUUUUCAGGGUAUCCCUUGCCGUUACUCAUAGCGAUGAAGACCUUGGGGCAGCGUUAUACUUGAUCAAGCAACACACAGAGCCACGAAGGAGAGUGGCUUACAACAGGACAGUUGCUACCGAAUUAUCAGACGAUGAUGCGCAGCUUGAAGUUUCCAGCACACUCCAAAAUGUACAAUUGACAGCUGACGAGGAUCAAUGUUUGGAUGGUGGCACCGACGAUCAUAUAGACGAUGCCUUGUAUACUGGCAUCGUAUGCGACCUCUGUACCGAGUGUUCGAGCUGUAAGCGGGAAAUUGGGUCCGUCCACCACUGGUAUUUCUGCCGCUCUUGCGCGUUGUCGACACUUUGUUGGCGAUGUUACCGCCAGUGUGAGUCGGGUGAUCUAUCCAAGAUCCCUGGUAUCUGCGAUCCUGAGCACAAAUUCUUCUAUACUGGCCCGCUUCUUCGGCCUUCUGAACGCGUGCCCAAAGGCAUGGUGCCCUUGAUUUCUUCUGAUGGGGCAAAAGAAAUCAUCAGGAUAGAAGAAUGGAAGGAUAGGCUUGCAGAGAAAUGGGAGACCGCGGAUUUUACGUUUGAGGGUGGGCUAUCAGCUUGGUGCAUGCGUGUUCUUCCAGAACCGCAGAGGACUCGGUGGGCUACAUUCUUCCAGACAUGA